AGUUACAAAGACUUUCAUUGGCUCUUCUGUAGCCCUUCUUUGACUCUUCUAGACGCUAAACUCCAACAAACCUUUCCCAGAUCGAGUAAGAUGCCAGUUCUCAUUCUUUUCCCAUGCCUAUCUGGGUGCCGUUCUUUUUUUUGUUUUGUUUUUCGUUUUUCAUUCACUUCACUUGAUAAAUCUUCUACGAAAAUGUAGAUAGAUAACAACCCAAUGAAUAUCUGAAAGUUGACCAAGCAAUUAGUUCAUUAUUAACUCCUCAUCCAACAUUUCCUUUUCUUUUCCCAGAUUCACCUGCUCAUCUCUGUUCCAUUCAUUCUCUGUUUUACUUUUCUAGCGAUCACCCCCCAUGAAGAAGCAUAAACACCAACAGCCUCUCCGACUCUGCUUUCUGCUGCCCGUUUUCCUCUUCUUUCAAUCCAUAUCGGCUGUUGAUUUCGUCUUCAAUGGCUUCAACUCCUCCGAUAUGUUGCUCUAUGGCCUGGCCGGCGUUGAAUCUCGUAUUCUAACGCUCACUAACAGAACAUACUACUCAAUCGGUCGUGCUCUUUACCCAGAAAAGAUCCCCGCUAAAAACCCAAACUCUUCUUAUGUGUAUCCUUUCUCAACUUCUUUCAUCUUCUCGAUGGUUCCUUACACGAAAACUCCUCCUGCUGGGUAUGGCAUAGUUUUCAUUUUUGUGCCCGUUAAGGGCAUCGAAGGCGCGGACCCAGCUCAUUAUCUAGGCCUUCUCAGCUUCACCAACAAUGGGAAUCCCGAUAACCAUGUCUUCGGUGUCGAGUUUGAUGUGUUUAAGAACGAAGAAUUUGAUGACAUAAGCGCCAACCAUGUUGGAAUCGACAUGAACUCCCUCAAAUCAAAUGCAUCACACAAUACCGGGUACUGGCCCGACAACAGCAGCAAUGCUGAUGAUGAGAAGUCGUUCAAGGAAUUGAAGCUGAAUAGCGGUGAAAAUUACCAAGUUUGGAUUGACUAUUCAGAUUCUUUGAUUAAUGUUACUGUGGCUCUGGCAGGCAUGAAAAGACCUGGGAAGCCUUUGUUCAAUGUUUCUCUUGAUCUUUCUGAGGUUUUUGAGGAUGAAAUGUAUGUUGGCUUUACUAGUAGUACCGGACAGUUAGUUGAAAGCCACAAGAUUUUGGCUUGGAGCUUUAGUAAUUCCAACUUUUCGAUAAGCGAAGAGUUGGUUACCACAGGUUUGCCAUCGUUUGUUCUUCCAAAGGAUUCAAUAUUUCGAUCCAAAGGGUUUAUUGCAGGAAUCACAGUGGGAGGUUUCUGCGGUGUCUGUCUUUGUGCUCUGUUUGCUCUGUUUUUGAUCAAGAGGAAGCGAAGGGGAGUUAGGGAGAGAGAGGAAAUGGAAGAAUGGGAAUUGGAGUAUUGGCCACACAGAAUGACUUACAUAGAAAUUGAGGAGGCCACAAGAGAUUUCUCAGAAGAAAAUGUGAUCGGAACCGGAGGGAAUGGGAAGGUCUAUAAGGGUGUUUUAGCAGGAGGGGCAGAGAUUGCAGUGAAAUGCAUUUCGCAUGAAAAUGAUGGGGUGAGAGAGUUUUUGGCUGAAAUUUCAAGCCUUGGAAGAUUGAAGCAUAGAAGUUUGGUGGGGUUGAGAGGGUGGUGCAAGAGAGACAAGGGAAACUUCUUUUUGGUUUAUGAGUAUAUGGAAAAUGGGAGUUUGGACAAAUGGGUGUUUGAAUGUGAUGACAGGAAGAUGUUGAGCUGUGAAGACAGGAUAAGGAUUUUGAAAGAUGUAGCUUUUGCAGUCUUGUACUUACAUGAGGGGUGGGAAGCCAAAGUCCUUCAUAGGGACAUUAAGGCCAGCAAUGUGUUACUUGACAAGGAUAUGAAUGGAAGGCUAGGGGAUUUCGGAUUAGCCCGAAUGCACGGCCAUGGACAAGUGCCUAACACGACAAGGGUGGUCGGGACCGUUGGAUAUUUGGCGCCGGAAGUGAUUAGGAGCGGACGGGCAUCGGCUCAAACCGAUGUGUUUGGAUUUGGUGUCUUGAUUUUAGAAGUCAUGUGUGGGAGGAGGCCUAUCGAGGUAGGGAAGCCAGCUUUGGUAGAUUGGGCAUGGCACUUGAUGGGACAAGGGCAAUUAUUGAAUGCUCUUGAUGAGAGAUUGAAGGCUAGAGGCGAGUUUGAUGAGGAAGAAGUGGGCAGGGUGCUUCACUUGGGCUUGUUGUGUGCUUACCCUGACCCAAGUUCCCGGCCAACCAUGAGGCAAGUAGUAAAAGUGUUGGAGGGGAAUAAUGAGGUGUUGGACGAGGUUGAAAGUGAGGAUAUGGAUGUAUACUUGCUCCGAAAAAUGAAACCUAUGGGUAGGUGGUCUGAGAUUCCACGAGAUUUUGGGUCUUCAUCACACCCAACAUUUGAAGAUAUUCGGCAGUCCCACUCUUCAUCCAUGUCUUUCUCUUGGUCCAAUUCUAUGGCGGAGGGGAGGUGAAGCUGGAUCAUGAAUGGAGAACUGAGGGUCAUUUUUUCUAUCAGCUCAGAUGCAAAGGAAAUUUGCUCAAAAAUACUUGAGGAUUGUCUUCCAAACGUUGGCAAAUAGUCUAAAACCUUUUGGAUUUACUGUACUCAGGGAAAAAGAAAAAUAUUCAUUUGGUGAAUAUUGAGAGAAUAGUUUUGGUUAGCUUCCCUAAAUAGUCAAAACCUUUCCAUUCAUUUAUAUAGAGGUGUUUGUUUUAUACUUUGUAAUGUUAAUUGUAUGGUUUGAAU